UGGAGGGGCUGGGCUGGGGGAAGCGGCGCCUUUGGAAGUUGGGUGUGCAGGAGGGCUGCAGGCGGGGGGGUCUUUGGCUGUUUCAGUCUGUAUUGUGCUUGUACGUUGCGUUUAUUUCUCAGGUGGAGUUAGGAAGGAGCGGGCAGAGGUGCUGCUGUGCACGGCGAGGUGCUGGGGGUGCAGACGUGCCAGUGGCCAGAGUGUGGCUGCACCCUUCCGUAGGGAGCAGCUUCUGAGCGCCUGCAAAUGAGACUAAAAUUGGGCACAGGAUGUAAUUAAAUAAUACAGGUCUUGCAGUGUUUUCUGUCUCAUUCCUUCCUGUGCCUGCUCCCCAUUUUGCAUCCUGGAGUGCUCUUGCUAGGCUGGAAGUGUGUCUGCAUGAGGCAUCUCUUCCUUCUUACUUCUCCUUGCCAUUUCUUCGUUUGGAAAUGUAUUCAUCCCCCUCCUCUGCAAAUGAAUUGUCUUUUCAGCGCGUUUUGCUUGGAGGAGCGAGCAGAGGAGGCUUGGGUAGGUUUGUGCUUUGCCUUUUCCCCCUACACCAUAUGCCCAUGCUCCACCCUCCUCCUCUUUUUGUUUCGGGGGGGGGGGGGAAGUGCCAACUUGGUUCAAGUAAAUUGUAUGAAAAAUAGGAUUUUGGCCUUACGUAGAAAGAGCAGUGAUUUUCCUCACAAGCUGCCCCCUUUAAACGCUUCCACGGUGCCAGCUGCUGCAUGACAAAUGAAGAGGUUGGAGAGAGGCAGGAAAAUAGGUUGUAUGAGGUCUGGGGGAGAGGGGUGCGUGGUGAACCUUCCACUGCAGCUGCAAAAGGCAUUUUGACAUCUCUCACAUAGGCAGAUACUUGCACUCGCCUUCACCUUCUCAGGUGGUGCAGCUUGAAUGUCUGUAAUCCUUUGGAGAAGAAACUAAGGCAAGUAAAAAAUGCAAACGGGGCUCUGGUUGUGUUCCAGCACUCCUGACCCCCUGAGGCACUUGGUCCGUGCUGGAAAGAUUAUUUGGGGGUUUCUGAUUUCCUCGUCUUUGACUUUUUUCCUCCUUAACUUAAUGUAAAAGAGGGAAGAAGUCCCUUCUGUAUUCUUGAUGAUCCCAAAAGCCAUCCAGAGCUCUGGGUUCAUGCGUAGGUGCCAUCUGUUGCUCAGCCUGUUUGAAUCGUGUGGAGGAAAAGUUCCAUUUUGACAGUGGCUUUAAAAAAAAAAAAAGCGAAGCAGAGAGAGGCAAAGCCCAUUUCAGGCCCUUCCUGUACGGCCUCAGCCCGGCAGUGAUUUGCUCAGAAUGAAAUGCAAAAGAACUGGGUGGUGAUUUUGGUGUGUGUUUUGGUGGCAGGGUUCAAAUGAAUCACUGCCUUCCGCCCAGGCAGUAAUGUUCCUCAAGUUUUCUCUUCGCUCCGUGUUCUAUGGAGCUGGAGGAGGCAAUGACAUUCAGUGGUGUUUUUCUCAGGUGAAAGGCGCUGUAGAUGAUGAUGUAGCAGAAGCUGAUAUAAUUUCUACGGUAGAAUUUAACCAUUCUGGAGAGUUGUUAGCAACAGGAGACAAAGGAGGUAGAGUUGUCAUCUUUCAGCAGGAGCAGGAGAACAAAACCCAGUCUCACAGUAGGGGAGAAUACAAUGUUUACAGUACCUUUCAAAGCCAUGAACCAGAGUUUGACUACUUGAAAAGUUUAGAAAUUGAAGAGAAGAUCAACAAAAUUAGGUGGUUACCCCAGAAAAAUGCUGCUCAGUUUUUAUUGUCUACAAAUGAUAAAACCAUAAAGUUAUGGAAAAUCAGUGAAAGGGACAAAAGACCAGAGGGUUAUAAUUUAAAGGAAGAAGAUGGACGGUAUAGGGAUCCUACUACAGUUACAACACUACGGGUGCCAGUAUUCAGGCCCAUGGACCUCAUGGUUGAAGCUAGUCCACGAAGAAUAUUUGCCAAUGCUCACACGUAUCACAUCAAUUCCAUCUCCAUUAAUAGCGAUUAUGAAACGUACUUAUCUGCAGAUGACUUGCGGAUUAACCUGUGGCACCUAGAAAUUACAGACAGAAGUUUUAAUAUUGUAGAUAUUAAGCCUGCCAACAUGGAGGAGCUCACAGAGGUGAUAACAGCGGCAGAGUUCCACCCAAACAGCUGUAACACAUUUGUGUACAGCAGCAGUAAAGGAACAAUUCGUCUCUGUGAUAUGAGAGCAUCAGCACUCUGUGACCGACAUUCAAAAUUGUUUGAAGAACCAGAAGAUCCUAGCAACAGAUCAUUUUUCUCUGAAAUCAUCUCUUCCAUAUCUGAUGUCAAAUUUAGCCAUAGUGGUCGAUAUAUGAUGACUAGAGAUUACCUGUCAGUGAAGAUCUGGGAUUUAAAUAUGGAAAAUAGACCUGUGGAAACAUACCAGGUGCAUGAAUACCUCAGAAGUAAACUUUGCUCACUCUAUGAGAACGAUUGCAUUUUUGACAAAUUUGAAUGCUGUUGGAAUGGAUCAGACAGCAUUGUCAUGACAGGAUCUUACAACAACUUCUUCAGAAUGUUUGACAGGAACACAAAGCGAGACAUCACCUUAGAGGCAUCCCGGGAAAACAACAAGCCCCGCACCGUGUUGAAGCCCCGUAAAGUAUGUGCAAGCGGUAAGCGAAAGAAGGAUGAAAUCAGUGUUGACAGCCUAGACUUCAACAAGAAGAUUCUACACACAGCCUGGCAUCCUAAGGAAAACAUCAUUGCCGUAGCUACUACAAACAACUUGUAUAUAUUUCAAGACAAAAUGAAUUAGGGUUGGCAUUCCUACCUGAAGAGUCCACUUCCUGCAUAGUUGAAAUAGUUGAAUCUAGCAUUUGUACCUGUUAACGAAAGAGAAUGAGAGGUCCAUUAUGGCACCCCCUUUCCAGUGUUUAAAAAUGUGCCAUAUGACAACACACUUUUAUAGCUACAUGGAGAAAGCUCUGUUGAUGUGUCACUGCGUUCUUCUCCAUGUCUGCUAGCCAUUUAGGUGAGGAUAGGGCACUUUUUAAUUUAAAUGACUACUUGCACCAUCUUGCCUAAUGGACUAGAUUGGACUGUAUCAACAUCGGUUUACUCCACUUUUUAUGCCUUCCAUUGUGAUGACGUCCAACACAGGGAAAGCCUUCAGUCAUGCUAUGGGAUUUAAUUGUGUAACCUCAUUACUGUAUCAUUCGUGGCCCCCUUUUUUUAUUAAAUACAGCUCAUUCUUGCUGUGGCUUGUAGCAUUCCUCCUCCUUCUGGCCUCCUGGACUCCCCCUUUCCCUUUCACCCCCCUCCACCUCGCCUUGGUGGUGGUGUAGAAAAAAACCCAACAAAAUAAAGCACAUGAAAUGGGUCCGUUUGGGGUCAGUGGUAAAGGGGGUCUGUGUUGCAACCAAUGUUUUAAUAAACAGUUGACUGUAAUCACUCCUUGCCAUGUCUGGCACCAAAAAAAAAAAAAAAAAAAAAAAGAAAAUAAGGAAAAAAACAAAC